CCUCGGUGGUGGGGGAGGUGGGGCGGAUGGGCCCUGGAAGGCGGCGGGAAGAAGCCGGAACCCGGGCCAUGGCGGCGCCCGGCGCGCUGCUGGUGAUGGGCGUGAGCGGCUCGGGGAAGUCGACUGUGGGCGCCCUGCUGGCAUCCGAGCUAGGAUGGAAAUUCUAUGAUGCAGACGACUAUCACCCAGAGGAAAAUCGAGUGAAGAUGGGAAAAGGGAUCCCGCUGAAUGACCAGGACAGGAUUCCGUGGCUCUGCAACUUACAUGACAUUUUACUAAGUUCCUCCCCUCCCCCUUUUAACAGAGAUGUAGCCUCUGGACAGCAUGUGGUUCUGGCCUGUUCAGCUCUGAAGAAAAUGUACAGAGACAUCUUAAUGCGAGGAAAGGAUGGCACGCCUCUGAAGUGUGAUUGGAUGGGGAAGGACAAACAGCCACCUGAAGUGAAGCUCCUUGUGGUCUACCUGAGUGGGUCGUUUGAGGUCAUCUCUGGACGCUUACUCAAGAGAAAAGGACAUUUUAUGCCCCCUGAGUUACUGCAGUCCCAGUUUGAUACUCUGGAGCCCCCAUCAGCUCCAGAAAAUUUCAUCCAGAUCAAUGUGGACAAAGGUCUUUCCGAGAUCAUUGCUACAAUUACGGAAACUCUUAGAUAACACGAGAAUUGUUUCAGAUCAGUGGUCCAGAACAACCAGGCAGAAAUCUCUAUCCCAUCUCAAACUACGUUCUCGUAUCUCUGUCAGUACUGUGUUCUAGAUUCUUAAGGUGAACAAACCAUCAUGUACAGAGGUAUGCGUGUUUGGGUGUGAUUUCAGGAAUCUGGGGCACUCUUGUCAUUGUGGUCUGGGCACACUGGGAGGAGACAGGAGGGAACUCUGAAAGUAAAGCUUCAUAGACAUUCAAAUUCCAGUAACCUAAUCAAAUGAUCAGAGGAAUUUCUAUAAUCAGUGCUGUAAAUCAUGACCUUAUUCUUGAUCAUGCCUGUAUUUGGACAAAUAAAUGAAACUUGGCUCUCCUUGA